CUCCUGGAUACACAUCCUCGAGUGCCCCCCUGUGAUUGGACGAGCUCUCUCUCUGGAUGUCACCAGGGCAACCGAAUGAUGGGGGAAUUUUAACACAUGAACGGAAACCGCAAACCUCUGGAUGUGACUGGCUCCCAUUCAGGCACCAGUAAGAGCAGGAGAGGCUGUCCGGUUGGACCGCUCGCACAUCCAUCAGUCUGAUGAGGAGAAGGAGGAGGAGGGUCCUGCCUGCCUCGGUACGGGAGCCGAGCAGGGACCAGCUGGUUACGCAGCGUGCCGUGGAGUCUCCACCCCGAGAGAAGAGAGGAGUAUGGCGGCUGGGACUGCGCUGGAGAGCGAGGGAGAAGCGGAGGAGACAUGCCAGAGAUGCUGAAACAAAGAGAUGCAACUUCUUUAACCAAGUGUGGAGAUACUUCCAGUGGGUGCUGUUUUCCUGAGCUUUGCACUUCAUUGUCGGGGCUAUAAACCAGCUGCCAGCGUUUUUCCAUCCUCUAUGGAGCAAGUUUGUUUUUUUUCUCUGAUGCAUAGAGAGAAGGGUGAGCUAAGCAGAUGAAAACCAACACAUCAUCGGGCUGUAUUUCCUUCCUCCCUGUGCGCAUUUUGGCACAAUCCUCGGAUGCCCAAAUAGCUGUCAGUGUGUGGCCUGCAUGGGGUAAAUCUCUACAAUGAAAUCCAUCUCUGGGCAGCGAGUCUUUGUGCUCUGCCAGAGCUGAAGCUGAAGCAGCAGCUGUAAUAUUGACAACCACUGUUGUGCAAAAUGGGACGCGAGUGGUGAAUGUGAUCCGUGCGCUUUUUGGGUUCAUUUAUUGAUACUUUACACGAUUUAAAUCCCCAACGAUGCGCGAGUAUAAAGUGGUGGUGCUGGGCAGCGGCGGGGUCGGGAAAUCCGCCCUCACCGUGCAGUUCGUCACCGGGACGUUCAUUGAGAAGUACGACCCCACUAUAGAGGAUUUCUACCGCAAGGAGAUCGAGGUGGACUCGUCGCCCUCGGUGCUGGAGAUCCUGGACACCGCCGGCACCGAGCAGUUCGCCUCCAUGCGGGACCUUUACAUCAAGAACGGACAAGGAUUCAUCCUGGUCUACAGCCUGGUCAACCAGCAGAGCUUCCAGGAUAUAAAGCCCAUGAGGGACCAGAUCAUCAGAGUGAAAAGGUACGAGAAGGUUCCAGUGAUCCUGGUGGGGAACAAGGUGGACCUGGAAAGCGAGAGGGAGGUAUCGUCCAGCGAAGGUCAGGCCCUGGCCGAGGAGUGGGGCUGCCCGUUCAUGGAGACCUCGGCCAAGAGCAAAACCAUGGUAGACGAACUGUUCGCUGAGAUUGUUCGGCAGAUGGACUACGCCGCCCAGCCAGACAAGGAUGACCCCUGCUGCUCCUCUUGCAAUAUACAAUAGCCCCGGGGGCCUCCAGGAACAGGCCGGGCAAAAAGCCUACUUAUAGAGGAAGCUGCUUCGACCCGCAAGCAGAGAGACACACACUUAGACACACGCACAUGCACAUGCCAAUUAAACGGAAGGAAAAUUCAUGGUUGAACGCGGUGGAUUUUAACUCCACGGAGCAUAAAAUCAGCAGUGACAUGAUUAUUAAUAACGACAUGUGAGUUAUGAAUACAUUUUGAACGAGGAAUGCCGGGAAUUUGCCGCAAGAGAAAUUGACAAAUGACAAAAAAGGAACAUGCCCUCGCCUUAUGUUACUCUCUUCUGUUGUUUGGGUUUGUCUCUAUCCUUUUUUGAGUUGUGGGAGGAAAAUCAUCAGCAAACAGUCACAGAUCAGGAUACUUUACUCUUUACGUUGUUCUACAAUCUGUUAUGAAUGAGUAAAAAAAAUG